CUCGGUUGGUAAAGAAUGCUCGCCAGCUCUGUACUCUUUCCGACGCCGAGGUCGCGGUCAUCGUCUUCUCCAAGUCUGGCAAGCUCUUCCAGUUCGCCAGCACCAGGAAGAUUGUGCAAGGACUUCCCUUUCAAACGACGGGCUUACAAAGCUUCAAGAGAGCCAGUUACACAUGCAUGGUAAGGAGUUCAAUAUUCUAAGCAUGAAAGAUCUGCAGCACCUUGAGCAGCAACUAAAUGCACCAUUGACAUCUGUACGAGAGGGAAAGGUUCCUUCUCCUUGUUGUGUCAGAGAAGCCAUGUUGAGGUACCCUUCCAAUUUGGUCAGUCCAAGAAUUUCGACUUUUGCAUUAUGGAUUCAUCGAAACAAAGCUUUUGGAGAAAUACUCGAGAAGACAUCCUACGAAUACCCAAUAAAGUUUUACUGGGAUAAAGAAAGUCAUGCUUGGAUUGAAAAAGAAGAGAGGAUUUCAAUAGCAAGAGGAGACACCAGCUAUGCUACAGAUGUACUUGACACAAUUGCUGAAUACUAUGGUGCAAUGGCAGAAGCUACUUCAUGGGCUUCACCUAAACAACUACAGGCAUUGGGUCUGACUGUUCUCUCAUGUAUUGGAAAUUACGUAAAUGGUAUAUGAGAAGGCCGUGAAAGCAAUGAAUACUAUGACUACUGAACUUCAUCAACAUCUUUAU